UGUCUGUUACAAAGCACCACUGUGAUCAAAAAAAUUCUUACAAGCCCUUCCAAUAUUACCAGUAGUUAUUUUGGUCUUGUCCGAGCAAAUCGAGGUGAAAAUUUGGGAUGUACAAAAAUAAUUGAGAAAAAUGUCCUAUAUUUAAAGUUUACCGUUAUAUUUUCCCUAUAUAAGCCCCACAAGGGUAGAAACCCCCAUCAGUCACAUUCGUUGCUCAGUACGAAGUACAAGACGGGAAAAAUGGAUUCUGCAAAAGUUGCAUUCGUCCUUCUUGGAUUAAUUGCUUUGUGCAUUGGAGAUGCAUCUUACUCACAAGAAGUAACUGGUAACAGUUUGGGCAGUAGUUACUCAGCUCCGUACCCAGUGGCCACACAGGUGGCACAUGCUCCAGCGGGACAUGGCUUCAACAACCCCAGCUAUACGAAGUGGGAACACGAAGGUGAUGCUUUCAGCGUCCAGUCUGGCUUCGAGGGAUACUUGGUGCCAAGCGAGCCCCCAUUCUCAUUCUCAGACUUCUUGAAGACAGCCGGAGUCCUCUCGAUCCUGCCACCGCUUUCCAAGCUCGGUCUUAAACUCGGCUGGAAACUCGGCCUCUGGACCCUCGGCUUUCUCUCGCUCUUCUUAGUUGGCUCUCUUGUCACCACUGCAGUCUGCGCCUUCACACCAAUCUGCACCAUUUCCUUCCUCGGCCAUGGGUUCAGCAGAGAAAGUGUCCGGUCUUUCAUAACAGAAGAUCGCCUGAACACCGCAACAAAAUUUGUCUUUGACGCCAUCAACAAAUAUAGGGAAAUGAACAAAAAAACUCCUGUAAAACAAGAGUCGAGGAAAUGAAAUUUAAACAAUGUCAAAACUUAUUAUUUAUAUUUAUUUAAUUU